CAAAAGCCUGAGGUACUUUCUGCCGGCAGAUUUGUUCUGUUAUUUCAACCUGAGAGAAAAGCAUGGGAAGGGAGGAAAACAUAACAGAAGAUGAGGCUGCACUUUACGACAGACAGAUUCGUCUGUGGGGUCUUGAUGCCCAGAGAAGACUUCGUGCAGCCCGUGUGCUUCUAGUUGGAGUGAAGGGUCUUGGAGCAGAGGUGGCCAAGAAUAUCGUCCUUGCUGGAAUCAAAUCUAUCACUCUACUUGACAGUUCACUUGUUGAUGAUGAAGACUGCACAUCUCACUUCCUUGUGUCAAGAGCUGAUUUAGGCAAAAAUCGUGCUGAAUCCUCCCUUCAUCGUGUCCAGCUGCUCAACCCGAUGGUGCAAGUUUCAGCUGACUCCGGGGAUGUUGUCGCCAAGGACGACUCCUUCUUCUCCAACUUUGACGUCGUCUGUGUCACCUGCUGUCCAGCAGCCACUCAGUGCAGAAUCAACAAGAUUUGUGCAGGAAAAAAGAUUCAGUUCUUCAGUGGAGAUGUCUUUGGUUACUAUGGUUACAUGUUCAGUGAUCUAGGAGAACAUGAAUAUGCAGAGGAGGUUGCAAACACGAAGGCCAAGCCAGAUGAAGAUGAUGAGACAGGUGAACCAUCACCCAAGAAGGCGAAGACUCAGGAACCAGAUACUCUUGUUGUUAAAAAGUGCAUGUCAUUCAAGCGGCUUGAGAAUGCUCUCAAUGUUGACUGGAGCGUAGAUGAUAUGAAAAAGAGACUAAGGAGAACACCAAGCACGUACUUCAUCAUGCAAGUGCUUCUAGACUUCUACGGCAAACACAAGCGGAGACCUCUGAUCAAAUCUAAGGCUGAAGAUGUGACGGACCUGAAUGGACUAAGGGAGACAACUCUAGACAGACUGAAGGUGGACAAGAAAUUUGUGCCAGAGGACUUUGCUAGUUUCUGUUUUGCGGAGCUGAGCCCUGUGUGUGCUGUUGUGGGAGGAGUACUGGGACAGGAGAUUAUUAAGGCUGUCUCCCAGAAGGACCAGCCCCACAACAACUUCUUCUUCUACAACGGCAUUGAUGGCAACGGCAUGGUAGACAACAUCGGCAGCAGUCAGCAUUGACAAUAUGACAAUUGAUGAUUGAAGUUUUGCAGUCGAUCCAGUGUAAAAUACAUCCAAUGAGAGUUAAUGCAUAUCUCAUCACUGACAUUUGAUGCUGAAAGUUUGUUUAACACAAGACAGAAGGCUCACAUUUGUUUUCAGGCAUUCAAAAAGUUAUAAACAUACACCAGGUAACCAAACUCAGGAAACUUUUCGUUCAUUUAGAAUACAACAGGUUGCACACCUGUACAAUUAUUUUGCCAUCCAACUAAAUUUACAAGUUAGGCUUGCAUCCUCUUUCUUUUUCAAAGAGAUUUAGCAUCAGGUGUCUUGAGAUGUUGAGUGAACUGUUUGAUUGGCAUUCUAGAAGUUGGUGAGUAAUUUAGAAAACGUACAACUUUAUGGAUAAUAUAUGCAAUAAACCAGAAGUUGUUAUCCAUAAAGUUUUCUUACUGUCUUGGACUGAGUUUGAAAAUGUUCCUAGUAUUCUGGUCAGUGUUAUGCUGUGAUCUAAAUCACUCACUCAGAGUGCUCAAUGUUCCUGAACAACAGUUUUGGAAUGCCUGGUCCUUGAUUUGAGAUGUUUUGAUGGAAACAGUGAGGGAUGCCUGUCUGGAGGCUUCUUCCUAAACUGAAUGAACCGUCUUUUCUAAUUCAGAGUCAAAACCGACAUUAUCGGUCUAGUUCACUGCCAACAAGAUAUCAUUUUAGCUCAGAUGACCUCAUGCCAUGUUUGUCAUCCAUCACCUUUCAUAAGCCUUUUUCACUUUGGAUUGACCUGUAUCAAUUCCUGCUUAUGAAUGGACUCAAGUUGUUUAAGGCAUCACAUGAUCUUCUUGGAAACCACGAGACUGGGCGGUAUCUUCUCUGUGAAUGGUAACAAUCCUAAGUAGCUUGUUCAAAGCAUCUUUGGACAAUGUACCAAUGUUGCUGAGGCAGCAAUUUCAAGUGAUAAAAGGGACCAAGUUGGAUCAAACUUGGCCAUUGUGUUGAUGACUACAAUCAAGGUGUCUGCCUUGUUUUUCCAUACUUGUGCAGGGUGAACUACAGUACCCUGGCCCCAUUGCUUGACAAUAUUGCCACUGCUUCCACUUGAGUUUCCAUGUUGGAAUAUAUUACAGCUUUUUUGUUUCAUUUUGAUUGUGUUAUUUGUGCUAUACAUCAAUUGUUUUGAAGUUCCACUUUUCAGAUUAGACAUUCAUAAAGUAUUGUUUAGAAAACUAGAAAUGGCUUCAUUUGGCCUUUGAAAACUUAUUUUCUCAGUUCAGUUUAGUUGCUGGACAUUUUCAAAUCUGAGCCAACAGAAAUCAAGCACACAUGUUAUCAUCUUCAUUGAAACAUUGUCAGUUUUGGCAUGGUCACUGCUUGUGACUGUUUUGUAAUAAAUGCAAUAUAUUUG